AUGAAUUAUGGAGUAAUAUAUAGGAACAAUGAAGCAACGUUCGAAACGUCAACUGCCAACAUUUUUGGAUUUCAGGCAGUAAACCAUGGCAUUGAGAGUUCCUUCCUAGAUCAAGUGCGCGAGCUCGCCAGAGAAUUUUUCCACUUGCCGACGGGGGAGAAGCAGAAGUACGCCAGGCCAAGCGAUAACUUUGAAGGUUAUGGCAAUGAUAUGGUUCUCUUUGACAACCAACUCCUCGAUUGGGUUGAUAGGUUGUAUCUUUUAGUUCAUCCGCAAGAUCAGCAAAAGCUCAGAUAUUGGCCCGAAAACCCCGUAUCUUUCAGAGAUAUGUUGUAUGACUAUACUGCUAGGCUGAGACACAUCGAAAACCAGCUCCUCAAAGCAAUGGCAAGGUCAUUAAGCUUACCAGAGGAUAGUUUUGUGAUGCAAUUUGGGGAGCGACCCUCGAUGUACGCAAGGUUCAACUACUAUCCACCGUGUGCGAGGCCGGACCUAGUUGUCGGGCUCAAACCACACGCAGACGGUUCAGGGAUAACCAUCCUCUUGCAAGACGAACAAGUAGAAGGGCUUCAGCUGCUGAAAGAUAAUCAGUGGUUUCGUGUUCCUAUAAUGCCUUACGCUCUGGUUGUUAACGUCGGGGACCAACUUGAGAUAAUGAGCAAUGGGAUAUUCAAGAGCCCGGUGCAUAGAGCACUUACAAACUCGACAAGGGAGAGGAACACAUUUGCUAUGUUUUGCGCCCCGGAUCCUGCAAAAGAGAUUGGGCCGGUGGAGGAACUUGUGGAUGAGAGGAGGCCGAGAGCGUUCAAGAAAAUAAAGAACUACACGGAGAGUUAUUUCCACUAUUAUCAGCAGGUUAAGAGGCCGAUCGAUGCAGUUAGAGUUUAGUUUCUUUUUCUGGGUUUCUGGUUAUGAUGAAUGUGAGGGUACCUUUAAACUACAUGAGCAGCUGAUCAUAGGAAUCGCGUACCGAUAUAUAACAAGAAUUACCAUGGUUGGUUUAAUACCUGGAAAAUACAAGUCCAGAAUUCUUCA